AGCAGAUUUCUAAGCAUGUUUUCUUGGUUUGCCAAAAGGAUCCACAUCAGGCGUAUCAUAAAGGAGCACGCCGUGUACGAAAAGCGCUCCACUUACAGAAGAUGCUGCUGGUACGUGCAUCCAGAAGUUCUGGCCCGUCAUUCUCAGGAGGCCUUGCCCGUUCCCUGCCAGUGGACCUACCUCACCUCCGGCGCUCAGAUCACCCGCGACGAGCACGCCGGCUCACAGGGCAACUCGCCCACCGCGUCCAGCUCCACCACACCCUCCAACAAGAGGAAGAGCGCCAGCAGCCACUCCAUCACGAAGUACAUGAAGAAAUGUGGCGACUCCGAACAGACUGAGGCCAUGGAGACCGAUGGCUUCCAAGCGGACACUGAAGAUGAUGAAGACGAUGAUUGUAUCAUCAUCGGGGAACAAUCUGGAUCCUCUGAACAGGAUGCCAACACAUCCUUGCAACAAACCGAGAGAGAAACAGAGCCCAUGGACACGAAUGCAUCCGAAACUGCUGCUCUUUCCCUACCCUGCCUCACCCCUGCCACCGCCUGAGAUCUGACCCCUUCCUGUUGGGCACGUGAACCGUGAACCAGACGCUCCCAAUCUGAUCUACAGUUUGAUGGAUCACACCGUAUUAAAGGUCCCCAGAAUGAAUCAUUUGUCUCCUCUUCUCUAAGUGGAGGACUGUUAGAUGGUGUACCAUUCUUCCUAGGUGAGGUCCCAGUUUUUGAAAGCUCUGCUGGUACAUUCUUCAAGACUGACACCAUUUAGGAGGUUGAUGCUCUCUGCUGGGCUCAGUGCUCGGCACCUUGUUUUAAAUCCUUUAUUAUUAUUUUUUUUCCAUUCAGAAUACUUGAACUGGUGUAUGUCUUUAAAAAAAUAAUGACAAUUGAAAUAUAUUGCACUUUUAUAUUCCAUUUCUGUCUGUCUUUCUUUCUUCUACCCCCAUCGUAACUUGUUUAGCCCACCUGAUGUCUUUCCCUUGUAUUCUUUUCCAAGAGGCUUUGUAUAAAAACAGCUUUGCAUUGACCAGGCUGCCAUGUGCGGUGUAAA